AUGGAGAGCGUGCAGGGUGACCAGUGCGGCUGCAGCGCCAGCUGUGAGCUGCUGCGGCGGCUGGAGGAGGGCAGUGUGGACGCGGCGCUGGGCGGCAUCUCGCUGUCUCCCGAGAAGGCCGACGCCGCCACCCUCCUGCUGCCCGUGCUCACAGUCAAGUACUCGGUGUACAUCCGCGCGCUGCCCUCGCUGUCCACGGACCUGGCGUCGUUCCUGGUGCCGUUCUCUGCGCGGCUGUGGCUGGCGAUCGUCGCCACCGUCGUCUGCUCCGCCCUCAUCCUGACCGUGAACUGCCGCCUCGGGCACCACCACUGCCGCUGCUCCCUCACGGACGCCUUCAUGGACGUCUACGGCAUCAUCUGCGCACAAGGUGCACACGAGAGGGCGUGCACGGACAGCGCCGGCAGACUGGUGCUGCUGGGUGUGCUGAUGGUGGCCACGACGGUGCCCGCAGCCUACUCGGCGGUGCUGGUCUCCCUGGCUGUCCGUUACACGGACUUGCCCUUCCAUGACCUGCCUGGCCUGCUGAGGCACGGGGGUUACACUGUUGGUGUUCUAAGGAACUCCACAGAGCACAGCUUCUUCAGCACCACAUCAGAUCCAACAAUGCAGCGGGUAUACAACAGACUAAUGGAGCCUGAUCCUGAGAAUUUUCCAGCAACAGAUGCCAAAGCCUUUCAGCGAGUGUGCGAAAAGAAGUUCGCUUACUUCAUCCCUCAAGAGUAUACUUAUGCUAUCAUGGACAACAUCUCGUGCAACGUCGUGCCACUACCCACAACACACUUCCAUCUUAGUUUAACUAUCGCACUAGCGAAAGACAGUCCAUACAACAUGCUCUUCAACCACAAGUAA